GGAGGAGAGAUGGUUCUUCCCUGGAACGAAACCUGCACAUUCCUGACCCAGGCUGAAAUAGAUGAAGCUGCCCACCAUGUCUCUGAGGCACGAGCUGCAUCUAGAGGUUCUUUGGAAUCUUGUCCUUCAUCUCUUGUACCGGAUGGCGCCAUUGAUGAAUGCAAAGAAUCCCACUGAGCCACAAAACAUGAAGGGAAGUCAGCCUCCAAGACGGAUACCUUCCGUUCAAAGGGCCUGAUGGCAACUGUGUGCCGUCAUGAUAUUCCCCUCUUCCUAUGUGACAUGUGCACUCUGGGCGAAUGGCAACACUUCUCAGUUGCCAUGCUCAUUGCACUCAGCUGCCAACUCCCCUCAAAUGCCACCACUGGACUGAUGUAUGACGUUGGGUGCAUUCUUGAUCAAUCCGUGGCCAAGUAUAAUCUUAUCCCUGAAAUUGCCCCCAGAUUAAGCAUCGCAGUUUCAGUCUUCCAUGCUUAUGCCCAUCAAUUCUGUUGUCAAAUCGCGUUCCACCCAUGGAAACACAACGGGUUUGGGAAGUCAAACGGGUUUGGGAAUGAGCGGUUAUGGUCCUCAAUGGUUGACAUGAUAGCACCUGAACACAUGAUGAGUGUGAGUCCCAACAUGCCCUAUACCGUUCGCUCCACAAGCCCGGUCUGA